UGCGUACGAAGAAGUCUAUUCUGGUUUAGCCUGCUCCUAGUCUAUAAGAGAGAAGUUUGUAGCCGCGAUCUGACAGUUUAUGGCGCCACAAGCGAGAUAGGUUGAAUUAGUCAGCCGCAAGCUGCGGUCUAGCGACGGUGUCUAUCAUUGCACUCCUCUCGUGUUGGCCAACGGGCCAAAAAUGGCGGAGAGGAUGAAGGCGACGGCCCCGACCUCCCGACCUGUUCCAAUGAAACUCUUUGCCACUUGGGAAGUCGAUCGUACGCCACCGAAUUGUAUACCAAGAUUAUGUUCCUUGACAUUGACGCGUUUGGUUAUACUUCGGCCUUUGGGUUCCGAUCUAACGUCCAUCAUAAUCGCUGUAAAGAUGCAAAGCUCCAAGAGAACGCUGCGUUCUAACGAAAUGAUCAUACCAACCGGUGGUAUGUUAGACACGGAGUUAGAAUUACAAUUUGCUCUCCAAUAUCCACACUUUCUCAAGCGAGAUGGCAAUAAGCUCUUAAUAUUAUUGCAAAGAAGAAAACGUUAUAAGAAUCGUACGAUGCUCGGAUAUAAAACUCUCGCCGAGGGAGUAAUCAAUAUGGCUCAGGUGUUACAGAAGCAAAUGGAUCUCGAAUUAGAAUUGAUAUCCGACAAAGCGGAAAAAUACGGUGGACAUUCGGUCGCUUUGGCACGCGUUAGCGUCGUAGCACUGAGCUCUCAACCGGUCGAUCAUGACAAAAGACUUAUCAAUGACCCUAAUGAGAGAUUGUGUCAAGAAUAUAGCGACGAAGAAGAAGAAUUCAGUUCGGAGGCUGAAGCGGAGGGUAGCGAUAGCGAGCCAACCCUGGAGGUACAUAGACGAAAAAGUCGGGGAAAGAUUCCCACCAAUGCCAGACAAAGAAAUCUCAAGCAAAAGUUUAUAGCCCUUUUGAAGAGGUUCAGAGUGUCCGAAGAUUUGGAUCACGAUCAAGAAGAAAUUGGACAAAAGCUUUCAGGCGGUGAUAUGGAGAUCGAAGAGCUAUUCGACGAACUCGAAGAUUUAUCGGACAGUGGUCCAGAAUUGGAUACCAUGUCCGUCAGUAGUACACCAAAGCCUUCGCUACGGCCUUUUUUCAGUUCCAGUCGAUCUCUUUUAACACCUCCACAUUCAGUAGUAACAAGAGGGGAAGCUGACAACAACGCAAUGAGUACCGUAAAUCAGCACUACGUUGGAAGUCAACCAGCCAAAGAGAAACAGCACAUUGGACAUGUAACGUCAGAACGCGGCGUAGACAGGCAAAGUGACGAUAGUUCGAGGAGGGCAGACAGCGAUUCUCAUCCUGAGAAUUGGACCGAUCACGAAGCUAAUGACCCGCCAAGUAUCGUUACCGGAUCUCCGCCGAAAUCAGAACAACCGAAUAAAAACGAAAGUUCGGACAGAAGAAGUAGACUUUUCACUCGUGAUCGUGGAACGCCUGGUAGUAGUAAAUCGAAAAAGCACAGUCUAAGCGUCGAUUUAAAGCCGUCCGGUGAUUCGAGUAGUUCCGAGCCGAGGAAGGCCCUAGUCGAACAAUUGAGUCGUGUCUUGCCGGACGACAGUUUACCGGAGGCUGUCUCGUUGGUUUCCUUAGCAGACCCGGGCGGUGCCGUACUUGCCGCAAGACUUCAGGAAAGAAAUCACAAAGUACUUACCACCGCUUCACCCGCUGACAUACGUGCCACGUUCACGUGUCUGGUAACAAGGAUACAAAAAUUUUGUAAUAGUUCUGCCAAGCCGCCUUCGCCGGUGAAGGUCGUAAUCGCUGGUGGAGAUAGUUUUGUAAAUGCAGUGCUACGACAUUACGUAGAAUUAUUGAGCUUCAAGCCUCCCGAUUGGCAAAAUUAUUUAAGGUUCUUGGUGGUACCUCUAGGCUCUAAUACUUUGUCAAAAUAUCUAUCCUCUGUGGAUGCCAAAUACUCUGUCCUUUUUGGCGACGAAUGGAAAGAAUUACUCGAAAGAGAAGGCGGAGGCGCGAGCGAAGGUGCGGCAAGGGUAUCUGAAUAUGUAGCUGCAACCAAUUCCACUUUACCAUUGCCGAUCGCAGAGGCAAUGGUGACAUAUAGAGAAACCGAUGACAGCAGUCAAAUAUUUAUUCCAUUUGUAAAUGACGUUCGGGUUGGAUGUCCUGACAGUAGUUCUUCCACGUCGGUCGAUCUCGAGGAAAGCAAUAUUACAAUGUCCGGUUCUCCACCGUCUCUCCCACCACCAGGAUUACCAAUUCCGCCUCCUGGCAGAUUGACCCCGCCUAGCAGUCCUAAUGUAGGCCAGCCCGUCAGGGAAGGCUGGGAACCUGUGGAAUUGCAAUUGGAUUAUUGGAGCAAACAAACGCAAGGAGAAAAGGGCAAGAAUACAUUGAGACAAGCUUUCAGAGUAUUACACGUGCAAAGACUUCCACCGUUAGGAGAAGCACCAGGUCAUCAUCUCUCCAUGAAUUAUACGACCAAAGAGAAGAAACAAAAGAUAAUGAGAUUAGGAAAGAAGAAAGAAAAGGAAAAGGAGAACGAACCAAAGAGUCAAACUGUAGACGGUGUUACGCGUUUGAUAUGUUCGGCAAAAACUCAUAACAUUCCAUUGAGAGUGAGCAUCGACGGUACCGAAUGGUACAGUGUGAAAUUUUUCCAACUAUCGGCGCAGUGGCAAACGCACAUCAAGACCUUCCCUCUAGCCCUGUUCGAGUACACCCCUCAGCAGCAAAUUUUGAACCCUGUGUGAAGUCUCUCCCCUUUUUAUCGUUAAUUAAAUUUCCUUCAAUUCUUGUAUUCAAUAUUCCAUGCGGGGGUAACGUUGAGACUGUGCUUGAUUAUUAGAAAUAUGUAAUAUCAAUAUAACCAGCAAAUUCCUGGAACUGCCCCGUUAUCAUUAAAGAGAUUAAUUGUUAUAAUUUAACAAUAGUUAUCGCAGAACAAUCUACAAUCAGCAAUUUACCGAUUAUAUUCUUCUAUUUCCUAAUUGCAUACAUAAUCAUAUAUUACAAUUUCUAUUUCUAUUUCUUCGCAUAAUAUUCGCAUACUACACUAUAUUUAUUACCGAAUGCGAGAUCAAUUUUCGUUAUAACGUUCAUCGUAACAUUGAUAUUGAUUCAUAUAAACAUGGGAAAGUGCAAUUUUAUUCUACGAAAAUAUGAUUUACUCAUUGAUUCUUUGACAUAUCACCGCAUAGACUUUGUAUGCAACUAAGGAAUCCAAAAGAUCCAUGUUGUUCUGAUUUUAUUGACUAUAAGUUCAUUAUUGUCUAGCCAAAACUUCAUUUCGACUAUUUUAUUUUUCUAUAAGUCUCGCUUAAGUUGUACAUAAGUUUGUUUGAUUAUAAGAUGGAAAUGUUGCCGAAUCUCUCAAAACUGAUUUUUUACGAUUAUCUUUUAUCCAUAUCAUUAAAUUACGACAUAUGACUAUAGUA